AUGUUACAAGAAAUACAACUCGUUCAAGGUCAGACCAACUAUAUGGUCAUUUCUUCAGGCUAUCCUACAUCUACUGUCACUAAAAAUACGGAAAAAAGGAUUCUACCGAUUUCUACAGCUGUUGAAAAAAAUUAUGUCACACACGAUACUCCUCCAAACCUGCAGUACAGAAAAAAAGUGCACUUCAGGACAAAUCCAUACACAGGCCCUCAAGCUGUUUCAAUAGCCAGACGCAAUGCUAGAGAACGUAAUCGUGUCAAACAAGUUAAUGAUGGAUUUAAUGCACUGCGUCGACAUCUUCCGGCAUCAGUGGUAGCGGCAUUAUCAGGUGGAGCCAGACGAGGUUCAGGCAAGAAACUGAGUAAAGUAGACACAUUGAGAAUGGUCGUAGAAUAUAUAAGAUAUUUACAGCAAUUGCUUGAUGAAAGCGAUGCUGCUUUGGGCAUUACACGCGACCAGGAAAAUAGAGAAAAUAUACCAAGUGGUAAUCAAACUAUAACUGUGACGGAUAUGGACGAUGGCUUUUUUUACGAAAGUGGAUCACCUUGUUCUGAAAAGGCAGUUUCCCCAGCACCUUCAGAAUGUUCAUCUGGUGUUUCAUCAGCGUAUUCCAAUGUGGAUAGGUACGAGGUAUCAACACAACAAACUUUGGGCCCAAUGGAUGAGGAUGAACUUCUUGAUGUAAUUUCAUGGUGGCAACAAAAAUAG